UCCCCAUUGCCUCAGACACUGGUGAUUCUAUAUUACAUAGGAGGAGUUUAUGGAUGCCUUUAAAAUCCUAAGUCUCCCUGCUUGUCAGAUCAUUUCUUCUCAGCAUCCUGCCCAGCAAAGAAGUAACUCACCAAAAUGAUGCCAGGAGGCUUGACGAAGGCCAGACCUGCUACAGAAAAAAUCCAGGAGAUUGCUGACAAGGUUAGACCACAACUUGAAAAGGAAAUCAAUGAGAGAUAUGAAAAAUUCGAAGCUGUUGAGUAUAAAACCCAAGUCGUCGCCGGAGUCAAUUUCUUCAUUAAGGUAAAUGUAGGAAAUGGUUCUUUCACCCACAUAAAAGUUUUCCAGGGUCUUGGCGGAGAGGAUGAUUUGGAACUUACUGGUUACCAGACUAACAAAACCGAGGAAGAUGAGCUGAACUACUUCUAAGCAGCAAAUUCUAAAGUGACCUGAUUCCUUUCAUUGUAAACAGAUGCAGCCAU